GGGUGCAGGAGGCUCAGUUUUUCGUAACGGCUAACUGAAGGAGAGGCUGGAAAAUGGGGCUCGAAAUUUAUCUGGAUCUUUUUUCACAGCCGUGUCGCUCGGUUUACAUCUUCGCCAAGAAGAACAACAUUCCGUUUGAGUUUAAGAAGAUUUCCCUGAUGGCAGGUGAGCAUUAUAAUGAAGAUUUUGGAAAGGUCAGUGCUUGGAGAAAAGUACCUGCGAUCAAAGACGGAGACUUUUGCCUGUGUGAAAGUGUUGCCAUUAUGAUGUACUUGGUGGAGAAGUACAACACCCCUGAUAACUGGUAUCCAGCUGACUUGCAGAAGAGAGCGAGGGUGAAUGAAUAUCUGUCCUGGCAGCAUUCAGCAAUGCGCCCCCAUGGAAGCAAGAUGUUCUGGUUAAAGCUCAUGAUUCCAAAGGUCAUGGGUGUAGAGGUUCCUCAGGAGAAGAUGGAUGCAGCCAUAGAGGAUCUGAAUGGCUCCCUGAAGCUCAUUGAGGAGAACUUCCUUCAGGACAAACCAUUCAUUGCAGGAGACCAAAUCUCACUGGCUGACCUGGUCGCUAUUGUGGAAAUGAUGCAGCCGGUGGGUGCAGGUUUGGAUGUGUUUGAGAAACGGCCCAAACUGAGUGCGUGGAGGGACCGUGUUCGGGACGCUAUUGGCAGUGAGCUUUUUGACGAAGCCCACCAGGGCAUCCUCUCAGCUCAGGAAAUGGCUAAAACGAUGGAUGGCAGCAAACUGCAGCACUUUAAACCCAAGAUCCUCAAAACGUUCCUGUGAAGAUCCGACAUAAACCAUUUCUAUCUAAAAUCUACUUGUCAACAUUGUGUAAUCUGAUGAUGACUGGCAUGUUAUAAAAGAAAAACUCAAAUAAAAUGUACAAUACAAACGUUUACUAUCGAGUAAAAUGAGUAAUUCACUCAGAUUUACUUUUCAGCCCUCUUCAGUUGUUAUUAAUAAAAUCUACUUAACAAUU